AUGGCGGCAUGCUCAUGGCUUGGGGAUUGGCACUGGGCACACGACGGGCAGAAGCCGAAUGGCAGCAUAACGCUGGACGAACUGGACGGCCAGCGAUUUCUUCGCACAUCCUUCAGUUCUGAAUUGGGCACAUGGUGGCCGGACGACAAGGCGUUGUCUUCGGAUUCCGUGAUAAUUGAAUGGCAGUCCAAAAGUGGCGGCUUUGUCCGCCACACGUUGCUUGCUGCUUACCCCGCCCAGCAGAGUGGAGAUUGUUCCGUGUCUGCGUUUCGCGUGGUGGCGCGGCACCGCGCCCCAGCGGCAGCGAAGGAUGAAGAAUCCUCCUGGGCAGCCGACACACGCGCAAUCAAGACACGUGGCUGGCGACGGAAGCUCGACAACGCACGCCCGAGAGGAUUGCGUGUGAGCUCAAAGCUGAGCUCUGCCAAAAUCUACCACCCUCCAGAAGAUCCCCCCUGCAGCGGAAUCUACCAAUCUCCUUGUCCCAUUUGCAGGCGGCCUCUGACCAUGGCACUCAGCUGUGGCUCGGAGGCGGAGAUUCUGACAGUGACCUCGCCCCUAACGAGUGCAAAGAUGUACACGUGCAAGGGCGAGGUUGGAGCGCGAGGCUGCUACAGCAGCCUGUGCCCGAACUGCCGGAGGCCAGUUUGCUUUGCCAAAAUUUCCGCAGAGGCUGGCAGAGACGGGCCAGGUGGUGAUGUCUCAUUUCGGCACCGGCCCUCAGUGGGCACUUGGCUGCAGCCGCGCCUCGGGACUUGCAUGGCAAAGGAAGUCCCGAAGUUUGCCUAUGUGAGCCUUCUCUAUGGCAACUCUGUGGAGUAUGUUCGUGACGCACGGGUCUUGGGCUGGUCCCUGAAGCGAUCAGGUACCCCGCACGACCUCGUACUCCUUCACACUGGGGAUGUCCGUCAAGAAUACUUGGAGGUUCUUGCUGGCUUAUGGCGGCUCCGGUGCGUAGAUAGAAUCGAUGCUGCAAGCAGCCUGUUCACACAACGCAGCCGGUUCCGAGGGGUUUUCACGAAACUUCAUGCCUGGGCGCUUGUGGAGUACGAGCGAGUCAUCUUGCUGGACUUGGACUUGCUACUUCAGGCCAAUGUUGACAGCUUGUUUGAGUUGCGCCCGCCGGCUGCAAUGUGGGCAGCCGGUGGACAAGUCCAUGGGAAGCUCAUUGACGCACCACCUCCUUGGAAGGGCUAUGACGCUGUGGAGCCAUGGGGCAAGAGUGGCUGUGUCAAUGCGGGUGUGAUACUCCUGAAGCCGGAUCGUGCAGAUUUUGAGAACAUGAGGCGCGAGGUGGAGUGCGAAGAGCAUCCUGAGCACAUCGUGACGCCUUCACCCGAGCAGGACUACCUCACCAGGUUUUUCUGGCAAGAGCCCCAUUGGACGCACAUCGAUGUCUCAUGGAACUUCCAGUUGCAUCAUCUCGCAUUGCGGCUGCCCGACAGCCAGAAGGAGUGUGAGCGUCGCCAGAUUAGCUUCGAAGAUGUUCGUGUCAUCCACUUCUCAGCCCACCCCAAGCCUUCGCAGCGCGAGCCGGAUGUCUCCAUCGAGGACUUUGUGGAACAGACCAUGGGUCGGUACGAGGGUGUUCAAGUCAAUGUCAAUCACAACAUCGAAGCCAUCCAGAGGCGAAACCGCAGUGGCAAGCAUCCGAAGCUGGAGCUGCGCGAAGACCCCGAGGGCACGAGGCUCUUCGAAGAGAUCCGGGGCCACGGCGAGAGUGACUCGGAAGUUGGGCCCCAGUUCAGUGAGGUCACGGUGGCGCCCGAAGAGCUUGAAGGGUUCCGGCACUUCCUCACCAAAUCUGUGCGAGCCUGGAGUGAUGCGGAGGAGCAGUGCAAGAAGCAUCUCGGAGCCCCGGCAGUGCUGGAAUGCUUCCCAGCAAGAGUUGGCAGCCAACUGCGGGGCAGGUGUGUUGAGUGGGACUCCGCGCGAGGAUUUGGGCGGAUUGGCCCCGAGGAUGGCAGCAAACCUAUCUUUGUGCACUUCAGUGAGCUGCCCGAGGUGCCGGGGGCACCGGGAGCUCCGCGAGGCCUGGAAGAAGGAGAGGAGGUGUGCUUCACCGUCGGCGUGGAUGAUAAGAGGCGACGGACGGCAAAAAGUGUCAAGAGGAAGUCCGACGCAGUUUUAGGAGAAGCCAGGGCGUUGCAGGACUCCUCCCUGGAAGAGAUCUUCCUGCAUGCAAAAGAUGUCUGUGCGGAUGCAAAAGAUUUCCCUGCAGGCAUCUGCUUGGCAGAGGGUCAGUUGGUGCACUUCACUCCUGUCAGAGAUGACAAGGACAAGUCAAGGCUGCGGGCAGUACUGGCCACGUGCAAGGAUGAGGAUGAGGAAUUGGUGUGCGAGGUGCGCGACUUUGCCACAUGCAAUGCUCAUUCCAAAUGUUUUCCUCCUGGGACAUCAUGGCAAAGGAGAUUGGUGCAUCAGGUGGCCAAAGACAUGGGCCUCUUCACUGUAUCUGAGGGUGUGGAUCCUGAUCGCUACGUCCGUGUCAUGAAGACAGCGGAAGACGGUGCGCCGGAUCCUGAAAAGGUCUUGAAGCUCCAGGCUCGCAUCAAGAAUGCGGCAGAGACGCAGGGCGAGUGGCGUGUCCUUGUCGAGGAUCUGACGGGACACGAGCGUGAGCGGCUGAAGGAGUUCUGCCUAACAGAAGGCCUUCAGUUUUGCCGUGUUGAGGCAAAACCAGCACGCUUCUUUGUUUGUAGGGAACCUUCAGAAGCUCAGAUCUUCAGAUGA